UUGGUGAUGAUUCGUUGAAGGUUGGACCGUUCAGGGUUUGGCGUACGUUUGAAGCGUGCGAGUAGGCAUACGGGAGAUUUGUCUCCCCUGUCCGAAAUGGAACACCAAUGGAGCCACCUGAAACACGGGACUACAGGCAGAUGGUCUCUCUCUAUCUCUUUCCGUAACUGUAAUUCUCACUCUCUUUUCUGGAAGGCGAACUACUGAAGAAGAAGAAGAAGAAGAAGAAGAAGAAGAUCGGAGAAGAAGAAGAUGACAAUAAAGCAAGCAAUGAUUCAUUCGUAAACCCAAAGCAAUCUUUGAUUAAAUUACACAUUAACCAACAGCUUAACCCACCAACACCACCAUCUCCUGAUUCGCCCCCAUUCAUAUCAAUCCAUCCCCAACCUCCUCUCUCUCUCUCUCUCUCUAGACGUGAAGUGGGUGUGGGGUGUGUGUGUGAGAGAGGGGGGAAGAUGAAGCUGUCGGCGUUGCAGCAGAGUUACACGAACCGGCGGAGCAAUAGCUUCAGGGGAGCUGGGCAGUUGGAUUCGUCGAUGGAAGGGGCGAUUAAGUCUCCGGCAACGCUCUUCUGGCUGAUCCUCCACGGUCUCUGCUGCCUUAUCAGCCUUGUUCUUGGAUUUAGAUUCUCACGCCUCGUCUUCUUUCUGCUUUUCUCCCCUAACGCGUCUACCACCUCUAGCUUCUAUGCCACCACGCCGUUCCUGCGCACCACCACUGACAUUGGAGGACUGACCCUUCCUUCGCCGUAUCCUCGGGUGAAUCUUGACUCUCCGGCGAAUAGUUCGGUCGCCGGCAGCCGCGUGGUGGUCGGCCGGCACGGGAUCCUAAUCCGGCCGUGGCCGCAUCCGGAUCCGGUCGAGGUCAUGAAGGCUCAUCGGAUAAUUGAGAGGGUGCAGAGGGAACAGAGACUCCAGCACGGGAUCAAGAACCCUAGAACCCUUAUUGCUGUCACUCCCACUUAUGUACGGACGUUCCAGACACUUCAUCUGACUAGCGUGAUGCACUCGUUGAUGAAUGUUCCGUACGAUGUCAUCUGGAUCGUAGUCGAAGCCGGCGGAACCACAAACGAGACGGCUCUGCUCCUGGCCAAGUCCGGUCUUCGCGUAAUCCACAUUGGGUUCAACCAACGGAUGCCCAACACUUGGGCCGAGCGCCAUCGAAUGGAAGCUCAAAUGCGGCUUCAUGCUUUGAGAGUUGUGAGAGAAGAGAAACUGGAUGGGAUUGUGAUUUUUGCGGAUGACAGUAAUAUGCACAGUUUGGAGCUCUUUGAUGAGAUCCAGAAGGUGAAAUGGAUUGGAGCUGUUUCAGUUGGGAUUCUUGCUCAUACCGGGAAUGUAGAUGGGUUUUCAUCAUCUUCCUCCUUGGAUCAGAAAAAGGAGAACGUGGAAAGCAUGCCGGUGCCUGUUCAAGGUCCUGCUUGUAAUUCAUCUGAUAAAUUGGUUGGUUGGCACAUCUUUAAUUCACUGCCAUACGCGGGGAAGAGUGCAACAUAUAUAGAUGACAGAGCAACAGUGUUGCCGCAGAAGCUGGAGUGGGCUGGAUUUGUGCUGAACUCUAGGUUGCUUUGGAAGGAUGCCGAAGACAGGCCUGAAUGGGUUAAGGAUUUAGAUUCUCUGGGUGGGAUUGGAGAGAAUGUUGAGAGUCCCCUUUCUCUGCUGAAAGACACUACUGUGGUUGAGCCUCUUGGAAGCUGUGGCCGCAAAGUUUUGCUAUGGUGGCUUCGUGUUGAAGCUCGUACAGAUAGCAAAUUCCCUCCCAGAUGGGUGAUCAGCCAUCCCCUGGAGAUUACAGUCCCUGCUAAACGCACACCAUGGCCUGAUGCUCCUCCUGAGCUUCCAUCUAAUGAAAAUGUGAUCAGUGCCCAAGAGCAUGUAGAGAAACAUUCCACCAGAACUCGAAUAUCCAGAGGAAAACGUCGCUCCCGGAGUAAGAGAAAGCAUGAAACAAGAACAGUAGACAGUGAGGCCUCUGCGAGGCAUUCUGGGCAAGUGUAAAAACAGGGUUAACCAAAGAUGACUGGAAUUGUACCGCUGUAUGUGAUCGAGCCUGCCAGCUUUCCUGAUGAACAAUGUUGAAGGAGUAAAGCAGCUGUUCUUAAAGAGGAUAAACAGAAGAAGGCAACUGUCAUAUUGGGCCAGUAGAUACGCGCAAUUUGCUUUUCUUUCCACCUAAUUUUCAUAUUAUUUUUUUAUUGAUUUUUUUUUUCUGGGUGAUUGAUAUUUUGGUGUUGUAAAAGAGGUUUGUCAAACAAGGCCUGCUGUGCCCAGUGCCUGUGAGGGGGGAGCUCGUGUCCAAUUAAUAUGCUGCCUCAACAUUUAUACACAAACCUUUGGAAUAGGAUUCAUAGAAUUGUCGUCAGUUGGAUUUCCUAGAAACACACUUGUUUGUAAUAAGUUCCUUUUUUCAUUUAAAUUGCAGAAAGAAUGGCCUCUGAAAUUUUUUCAGCAAA